UGUAUAUUUACAAAAACAAGCAGAUAAUGUCGCCUCGGCAUUGACAAAAAAUGUUACUAUUGUUGUAUUGGGAGAUAUUGGGAGAUCUCCGAGAAUGCAAUAUCAUGCUUUAAGUUUUGCUCAAAAUGACUGGACAGUAGAUUUAGUAGGAUAUGAUGGUAAGAAUGAUUCAACGUCCUCCAUUAUUUCU